AUGUUCCAGCAGAUCCUACGCGAAGACAUCUUAGUCACCACCGAGGUCGAUGGCGAUGACGAGAGUACCAUCCAUGUGAAAGAUUUGGCUCAGAUCCUCUCGGCUUGCGCUCGAGUCUCAGUGAGAGACACGGAAGUGGUAGCGGCUUGUGCGCGGUUUAUACCAUCCCAAUGCAAAUUCAUGGACGCUCAGGGCUUGGCCAUAAUCUGGCAGGCUCUAGCUAAAUUGAUGUACUCUGAAACAGUGACUAGAGUUGAUGACGAGGGGAAGCCGAUCGAACAGGAGGAGGGAAGGGAGAGGUCUGUUUAUGCGGCAUUACAGAGUCGGCUCGGCAUGGUAGAAGUGGUGCAUCAGAUGAGCUGGCAGGAGCUGGCCAUGGUUGCUGGGGCGGCCUCGAGGACGAGAGCACACAGCUUGUGUGAAGACAACAACAGGGCAUGGAUGGAAGUCAGUAAGGUUCUACUACACCAUGCUUCCAUCCGACUCGCUCCUCUGUCCGAACCUGACGUCCGCAGCCUGUCGGAGCUGGUUCACGGCCUGGGGCUGCUCAUGAGCGUCCCGGCAACAGGGAUGGGCACCACCCGUAGACCAGCCCAGACCGCCACCCCUGAGAUCUCAUGUGAAGUUGCCGACUUCCGUUAA